AUGACCAAAGAGACCACACCACCCCCAUCAACAACCACAACAGCAACUCGCGAACCUCCCUCCCUCCCCGCCUCCCCCAUCGCCAAACGCCCCAAGUCCUCCAACACAAUUACAGAAACGAUGGCCUCUACCAGCACCGCCGCCCCUGUCGCCACUGCUCCCACGGCAUCAACGCCUACUCCCGCCCUUCAAGUCAAGAAGCUCACACCCGCCGCCCGCGCACCAACACGCGGCUCGGCGUUCGCGGCGGGCUACGACCUCUACGCUGCCAAGGAGAUUGUUAUCCCCGCGAAGGGGAAGGGCCUUGUUGAUACUGGGCUGGCGGUUGCGGUGCCUGAGGGUACCUACGGCCGUGUCGCACCCCGAAGUGGUCUCGCCUCGAAGCACUUUAUUGAUGUCGGUGCUGGUGUCAUCGAUGCCGAUUACAGGGGUGAGGUGAAGGUGCUGCUGUUCAACUUCUCCGAUGUCGACUUUACGAUCAAGGAGGGAGACCGCGUUGCGCAGCUGGUUUUGGAGAGGAUUUUCACUCCCGAAGUUGCGGUUGUUGAGGAAUUGGCAGAGAGUGUGCGAGGAGCUGGCGGUUUUGGAAGCACCGGUACCAACUAA